GCCCGUGCGGACGACCGAUUCGCCAGCAAGAAAGAAAACGAAACGAAACGAAACGAAACGAAACGAAACGAAACGACACCGGGACGACCCACCCACAACAAGAGCCACGCAAACUCACAUUCCGUCUUUUUCCAGGAUGGGAUCUUCCCAGUCGGCCGAUCCGGAGGAAGAGGAAACGGCGCGGGUGAGAUCAUUCCGUGGGGCCGGUGGCGAGACGGACGACGGCAACAUCAACGGCAAUGAUGACGAUGGCUAUGACUACAGCGACUACGACUACGAUUGCGAUGACGAUGACGAUGACGACUACGACUGCGACGACGAGAACGACCGAGAGUGGCCCGUGGCGACGGGAGAUUCCCACCGUUCCUUCGGACCAGCGCCAGAAUCCGAAACGGCCCUCGCCUCCGUCAUUGCGAACACGGCACGGACCUAUUACGGUUCCGAUCCGGCGGAAACGAACGGGGGCCAUACAACCACGGACGACGACGACGAGAAUGCUGCCGAUUCGGCUGCUGGGACUCUCGACAGAUCCAAUGCCGCUAUCAACGAAAAUUCGAUCAGCGAAACCAACGACGACAGCGACACGGAGCUCGAGCGGUUCUUCCGCGAGCUGGGUCUUUUCGGAGGGGGCGCUCUGGCCUCGGACCAGUCCUCGCUGAACACGAACGCCGCCACCGCAACGGCGGCGGCAGCGACGGCAGGCACGGGCGAAGACGCCGGCGGGGACGACUGGUCCGUCCCCGACCACCGCCGGGGCUUGGAAUGGACGCGGAGGAGCCUCGAGACCCUGGUCUCGGGGUCCGCCUCCGCGGCGCCGGUCCUCGGCCUCCCAGGGUCCCCCCCUUCCGCUCAAGGCGGGCCCCUCCGCGGCCCCAGCGUUUCCCUCGCCCUGCUGGCCCGGGAGACCCACGGGAGGCGGCCGGCCCCCCACGCCCCGGCCUCGGACCGGCUGCGGUCGCUGGGGGGUUCGGCGCUCUACGGGAGGCUCGACGGGCCCUCGGCGGGCAUGUGCUCGGAGGUCGCCGUCCUGGAGGAGGCGAUCGACGAAAGGGACUGGGCCGCGACGCAGGCGGUCGUCUCGCGGAUCUCCCCCCGGCUCAUCGGGGACCCCUCGUCGGCCCAUCCGGGCGCCGGCGUAAGCGGCCCCGAGGCGGACCCGAGCCUCCCCCCCACGGCCCCGCGGUUCUACGCGGGGGGCGGCAGGAUCGGGUUGGAGAGGGACGCCUUUGUCCUCUCGGGGGGCAUCGGCGUCCUGGUGCGGGUCUUUCGCGAGCCGGCCUUUGUCGGGGAACCCAUGGCCCGGUCCUUCGACGCCCGGGACCUGAUCGGGGGGAGGACCUCCCGCGGCCGGGGAAAGGCCGCAAGGGGUCCUCCCUCCGCGAUGGAUGCCGCCGCAACCAACACCUACCACCGGCUGGGGAACUGCUGGAACGAGGCCCUGGCCUGCCUCCGGGAGCUCGUCUACUCGGUCCCGUCCCUCCUGGAGACGGAGCGGGUCUUUUGCGACGAGGGCGAGGGCUUUCUGCCCUUUUUGUUCAGCCUGCUCUCCCACGAUCCCUUCUUUGACGGGGCCGCGACGCUCAUCGAGGAGGUCCUGUGCCUGCAGUCGUCCCCGCAGCCGGCCCCUCAGCAACACCAGCAGGAACAGCAACAACAGCAGCAGGAACAAACAACACCACAGCCGUCUUCCGCUUCCUCACCUCUCCACGGCGACCGAGAGGGAUCCCCCGAUCGGGACCGCGGAGGAGACGGGGAUGCCUGGGACCCACCCCCCACCCCAGCCGCCCACGACGACACGGACGACCACCACGGCGGCGGCGACGCCGACGACGACGACACCGGCCUUCCGAGGCCCCGCGUGCCUCCCCCCACCACCUUUUUCCUGGGGAACGUCCCGGACCUCUACGCACUGUGGGGCGGCUUCAACUGCCGGCAGCUCGCCCAGUUCUGCCGCAUACUGGCCCUCCUCAUCUUCGAGCCGGAGGACCGCCAGCUCCUGGAGAGCCCCGUCGUCCUCAAGUCCCUCGAGCUCCUCGCCCUCCGCAAGGCCCGGGCGGCCCGCUCCGGGAGGGAUUCGACGGUCGACCUCAACCAGUCGAUCCUCCUGGGCGACGAGCGGCUCCUGGGACGCCUCCUGGGAGUGCUCAGAGUGCUCAACUACGGGCCGGCCCUGCGCUGCUACUCGCCCUUUCACGUCAUGGCGCGGUUCCCCUACGUUGCCGACACGCUCACGAUGCUCGGCCUCCACGAGCUCGAGCGCUGGACCGACGUCUUUCGGUACGACCGCCUCGCCCGCACGCUGCCGAGCUACGCGGGAAACCAAGCCCGCGGAGGCGGUGGCAACGAACACGACCCACCGCCGGGCCGGCAGCUCCACGAGCUCGGGUCCGUGGCGGGGAUGCUGGGGACCCUCUCCGAGUCCUUCCGGAACACCGAGGGCGAGUCCAUCAACCAGCUCGGCCACAUCAUCUCCGUCAUUUCCGCCGCGCAGGAGGCGGGGAUCGUCGUCGGCCGGUCGCGGCAGGCCGCUCCCGGCCCCCGCGGGAGCGGCCUGGCAUCGGCCGCGGGGAUCCUCAUCGACGCCCCCUUUUCCCGGCAGGGACAAAGCCACGGCCACUACGAAGCCCCGGAAAGCGGCGCCGGCAGCGGGGACCCCAUGCCCUACGCGGCGGGCCGCUCGAGGCUCGUGACGCCCAAGGACGCCGCAAACAUUCUGCAGUUCAACGCCCUCCUCCUGGGUCCCUUCCAGGUGGAGAUUUUGUUUGUCCUCUGCACCCUCCUGGGCGGCCGCCGCAAGGUCGACGCCCAGGAACUCCUGAAGGGCAGCGGGAUCACCUCCAUCCUCGACGACAUGUUCCAGCGAAUGCCCUGGGACUCGCUGUCCCCCACCCGGGAACCCGUCGCGCACCGGGGCCCGGAGGGAAGCGGGGAUUCUCCCCCGGAGGCAGCGACCGGCAGCGACAACGACGACGACCAUGUCUACGGGAUCCACGGGCCGGGAUGCGAGUGCACCCCCGAGAGCGCCCUCUGCGUCCAGUACCUCCGCCUCCUCCACAACUUUUGCGACCGGGACUGCGACAACUACCGAGGCCGCCGGCUGCUGCUGAGCCCCUGCGAGCGGGGGUUCGUCUUUGGGGGCGUCGGCGUCGGCGACGACCUCUCCGGCCUCGCCCCGGGCCUCCUGUCCAAGAUCGUGGCCGCCUUUGUCGGCGAGUCGGAAGAAUCGCCCUACCGGUUCUGGCUCGCGAGCUGCGUCGAGUCCUAUCUGCGCGGGUCCUCCUCCGUCGAGCAGGUCUUUGUGGCCAGGACCGGCCUGAUGAAGCACCUGAUCGAGGACGUGAGCAGCCAGCGGCUGCACUGCGCCGGAAGCCUGCAGACCUCCUUCGACCUCCUGGGGGAGCUCUGCAAGGGAAACCUCGAGGUCCUGGGCCUGCUGGGAACCCACGUCGACACGGAGGAAAAGUUCCGACGCCUCAUGAGCGUCGCGGCCUCGAACCUCGUCGACAGCAACGUCUUCAUCCGCUCCCUGAUUCUGAGCCUCGAGCGGCUGUCCUCCGGGAGCCGGUUCCACGACCUCCGGGCGUCCGGCGGCGUGCCGGACGCUGUCGAGGCGUGGGAGCGGUGCAACGGCGGCUCCUCGUGGGGCUUUCUGACCCACUCGUGGCUCGACGCCGACGCGGUCUCCGCCGGCCGCGGCCCUUGCCUCGAUCGCGACGGCGACGGGGCCACGGAGGGCGAGCGCAAGAGCGAUCGGACCCGGCCCCUGGACUGGUUCCCGGAGUCUCCAUGGAUUGCGGAGCCCCCCGCGGGGGCUCCGAGUGCCGCCGCCGGAGACCGCAGCGGCCGCUUCGGGUGGGCCUUUGCGCCCGGGGAGGACGCCGGCAGCGACCCGUCCAUCUCCCGGACGCGGCCCGGGUCGAUCGACCGGCUGUCGUGGUUCCUGUCCACCAACCGGACGCGGCUUCUCCGGGACCUGCUGGAGGUGGUCAGCCUCAAGAACAUCAACCACGAGAACAUUUGCUGCCUCAACACGGCGGUCGUCAUCACGAUGUUUGCCCACCGGAGGGGGGAGCUCGAGAAGCUGCUCUCGGACCUCAAGGACCUCAACGACGACGACAAGGAGUUCGACGACCGCUCGGCCCUCCUCCGCCGCGGGCCCGGGGAGGCCAGGGACAUUCGGAAGAACUUCCGGGAGGUCCUCUGGUUCUGGAUGGAAUACUACACCCACCGCGGGCGGGACCGGCUCUCCCUCGAGUUUUCCUCCCGGAUGCGGUUCCACCAGUGGAUGGAGGUGGUCGCUCUUCUGGCCGCCGACGACGGCUCCCCCACCUCGCUGGUUCGCCGGCCCCUCCGCCUGCCGGAGAGCCCGUACGGGCGCCUCGCAUCGUGACGCAAAGAAAUCCACGAGCACUAGCUAACAAAGAAAGUAACGACCGCCGGGCCAACCGCUACUAGAACAACGCCAAACAAAGCACACAAAGUACCAAUCAAUGAUUUCAUUUUCU